ACCCAGCGUCGGUGUUUGACGCUCAGGAAGUGGACUAAACCACCAAAGAUUCCCGCAGAUUCGAUAUCGAUUGUCCCAAUGUUACAAACGUGUUUUACACUGACCUAAACAUUUGUUUAAAUACUUUUUAUGGGAUAUUUGAGACGAUAAUGCUGGAUGGUUGCACUCAUGAAAUUCACCAGAGAUAUAUGCAGGCUGCUGGGACUCGGGAGCGGCCCCCCUGUCCAGCAGCAGGAGGAGCAGAUGGACUGUAGUGUUGCAACCCCUGAUCCAGUUGAUGAUGCCACUUUGUCACAGGAUGCAUUAAAUGGAGAGGAGGAUCUGAGUGAGGAGGAGAAGGUCAGACAGAGGGCAGAGCGACGCAAAGCCAAGAGGAAGCGCCGCCGAAAACGUAAGAAGCAGGAGCAGGUUAAGCAAAAUGAGAAUGCUGAACGGGAUGAUGAAGAUGAGGACGGAGGUGCCGAGUCUGAACUGGAUGAGAGCGAGUCAGAAGCUGAAGGUGCUGCUGAAGAGGAGAAAGACGGAGUGCAAAAAGAGGAGAAAAAGGAGGUGAAGUCAGCUGCUGCACACAAGUAUGUUGCCACUCCAGACAUGGCUCCUUCGGGAAUCAAAGGGCAUCAGAAGACCCAAGCCAGGUCCGCUGAAGAGGUAGGAACUAUGGAGCCAGAGUGGGAUGUGAGCAGUGCCUUCUUUGCUAAUGCUGCUAGCCAUAUUAAGCCCAAAGGAUCAAGUCGCAAGUCCAAAGAAAACAAAGAGAACGAAGCCAGGAGAGAGACAAAUGGAACUGACACCAUGACCAAGAAAAGCGCGUCACUGACAGAAAAAGGCAUAAAGCUGGUGCAGGAGGGGCAGUAUGUACAAGCUGUCAGUAUGUUUACAGAAGCCAUCAAAUGUGAUCCAAAGGAUAACAGGUUCUUUGGGAACCGUUCGUAUUGUUAUUACUGCUUGGAGCAGUACCCUCAGGCCCUGGUCGAUGCUGAACGUUCCAUUCAGCUGGCCCCAGACUGGCCCAAAGGACACUUUCGCAAGGGCAGUGCUCUCAUGGGCAUGAAGCGGUACAGUGAGGCGGAGAAGGCCAUGGAGCAGGUGCUGAAACUCGACAAAGACUGUGAGGAGGCUGUCACGGAUCUCUUUAACUGCAAAGUUCUGCAGUUGAUGGACCUUGGUUUUGAAGAAAUGCAAAGUGUCCUACUGCUGGAGAAAUUUUCAACUGUGCAGGCUGUUCUGGCAUCUUGUUCUGAUGCUGCCAGAGCUGUGGGCCAAGAUCCAUCAGUUGUACAACCAGGAAGCCCUUGCCCAUCCCUGUGGGUGGGAAAUGUGACCACUGAGCUAACUGAGAAACAUCUAUGGGACCUUUUUAAAAUGUAUGGUGAGAUUGAGAGUAUCCGUGUUCUGCAUGAGAGAUUCUGUGCCUUUGUCAACUUCAAGAAUGCACUCAUGGCGGCACGGGCCAUGGAGAAACUCAAUGGUUAUUGUAUUGAGAACACACGUUUAGUGGUGCGCUAUCCUGACCGUCGCACUCAGAGGGUCCUUCCCAUUCCACUUAAAACCUGUCUCCCUGUCACACAGCAGGCAGGGGCAGCUGUUGGACCUCGACGACGUGGCCCAGUGAACGGAGACGAGUGUUACUUCUGGAGAACCACCGGCUGCCAUUUUGGGGACAAAUGUCGCUACAAACACAUUCCCGAUCAGAAAGGCAAGGACAGGAAGCCCUGGCAGCCUUGAACUCUGUUUACUCUGCCUCAGUAGUGUGCAGGAAACUGGGAUGCACAGACUGAGCCAACAGAGCUGGUACUUACUGGACCAGGUUCUCUGGGCUAAAAAUAUUUACUGUAGCAGACUGGACCAGAAUAGUCAAAGGAUCAGAGCCAGCACACUCAGGCUCUAAGGCAGGGAUAAUCACACGUGCUGCAAAGGGCUGGAUGUAUGGAGGUUUAUUUCAACCAAAGACUGCACUCACUGAUAUUGCUCAAUAGUAAAACAUUAACCAGAGGGGAGCAACAACAUGACCUGGUGUAGUCUUUGUUUUGAAUGAAAACCUUCACAUUCACAGCCCUUCAUGGCACGUAGUGACCUGUUCCAGCUUUAAGGGAUGCAACUCAACCUCACAGGCAUAAAACAUAAGGAGGAAGUGAAACUGCUUUGGUCCACUAUGGGGAAAAAAGUAGAGGCUCUGUCAUAUUCAGCAGUAAUGAAAGGACUCAAUAUGGAUUUUUCAGGCCAAGGAUCUUCCGUGAUGAUCCGGUGGACCUUCCUUCUUUAAAUACUUCACAAAUCAAUAGUGUUCCUCCCUUUUCUUAAAGUACAGUAACUCGACCAAUACUUUAACUUGAUGUUUUUGAACCUGUCUUUGAACAUAUUAAGUUUCUCCAUGGUCCAUAACUGCUUACAUCAGUCUGCGGUUUAUACUUGGGCUACAUUUCCCUCUCGUUGUUCCUGUUCCAACAUUGCCAACCAGACCAAAGACGUACUUGUCAUUUCAGUACCUCCCCUAUGCAGAUGGGGUUUUCUUUUAGCCAAUAAGCUGGAGAGACCCAGAUAGGUGCCUUUACACUAUGCCAUGUAGCCUUAAUUUGUAUUAUCAUAAAUGGUUAAAUGAAUAUAAGAACCACACAUUUUACCUGAGGGUUUUCAAAUUGUAUUUAUGCAUGGAUUAGGUGUAUAUUUCACUUCAUCUGUUGGUUGCCUUUUUGUUUAAAGAUUGAAUACACACUGCAUGCUGGUCAGUUCUCAUCACAGCCUCAUUGUCCUUGAAGGGAAUGGAAGAAGUAACUUGAACACCUGACAAGAUCAUGCAAAACAGUAGAAUAAAUACUACCUUUAUGAAGGCUGUAGUUUUUAGCAAGACUGUAUCAGAGAGGUAUUAUUCCAACUCUAUGGCAGUUUUAGGCCAUAGCUGUUGGUUUUGUUGUAUUGGAUUGCAUGAAAUGUCAGAUUCUGCAGACUUUUUCUCCCUGUUUUGGAGACUGUAGGAGAGCUAGCUGAGGCACUGAUCAGUGAGCCCAAUGCAAAUCAACAAGCCUCAUAAAAUUUUAUCUUAGCAUUAGAAUAAAGAUUUGCAUAGUAAACAUCUCAGUGCUUUGUCUAUGCAAACGAAAAGUGUUGACUUGAUUGCCAGUUCUGUGUCAGACAAACAAACUGACAAACUCUGGCAGCCUGUUUCUGUAGGUUGUUAAUGUCUGUGAAAAGGCAAUAUCAUGGAUAAACAAGUUCAAACUACAAGAUAGUGCCUUAUAAAAAUGCAUGUUCAGUCACGCGCACACACAACAUUCUUGGCUGCACGUGUAACAUGAUCCACUAAGAACUUUUGAACCUUGAAAAGCAGUGUUUUUGACCUUAGGGGCCUCCAUUUCAGUAUUUCAGUGAACCAAAGAAUGCUUCCUCUCAUUGCUCUGCACUGAAAACACCCUCAUUAUUUCAUGAGUUUCAACACUAGACUGUGCUUUAAAUCCCAAAUAGCAUGUGUCUGUAUCAUCCACUAGAUAACUAUUACGGCUACAACACCUGGUUUAAAUCCACACUACGUUCACUAGCAAACUAUGCACAACAUAGUGAGAGUAUUUAUUUUCCUAUUUAUACCUUUUUUUCUAUUUCUUUUUUACUCAUACCUUGGAAGCUAAAUACAGCUUUUCAUUUACUGGCCUUUUAGUAUUUCUAUAAGUCCCCUCUUCUGUUUCUUUCCGGCUUUAGAGGCAAGCAUUAAUGAGAACCAUUUAGUGCAAAUGUGAUCACAUGCUGCACUUCUGCUUUUCUUGUAUUUACUUUCUGUCUUGUGGCUAAACUUGUGAAAAAGGAAUUGGACACCAAACUGCACUUGUUGAUUAAACAAACUUGCUCGUUUCUUUUGUGACUGGUGCUGUUAUCUGUGGUUGCACAGUGAAUUUAAUUUCCCAGAUUAAUACAAUGCAUUGGAUUUUAGCAUAUUUGAAUAUCUUAAGGGUAUUUAAAAAUUGACAAAAGAUUCCCCAGGGUUUAAUUUUAGCUAUUUGGUAUGUUUUUAGUCUUUUUACUUUGUUUGAAACUAUUUCAGGAAAAUGCAUUUUAAUUAUGAUGUUCACAUUGAUAACCAGAGCACUGUAAUCCUGUUAAUCUUCCAAAUAUUUUGUAUUAUCGUUACUGCACUGCAAAAAAGAGUCUUUUAUAUUUAAUAAAUGUAUUUGAACCACCUAA